GAAGUUUGAAGUUUUAAAUCCAGAGUGCUUUUAACAUGAAACACAUGCUCUGCAUCUUCAAAACCAGAUUCAUAUGGAGAUGGAUGUGGGACCAAUAUUAUUAUUAUUAUUAUCUUUAAAAAUAACACAGCACGUAAUACUUUUCCACACAAGUGAUUCAUCCGGCCAAUAUUUUCUGAAUUCUUCCAUUGACUAAGCAGAUACUCGUACAUCUUAGUUUCAAAGUGUCAUAAAUGUCAAAUGUCAAAUGUCAAUGGAAGAACUUUCCUCUCUCUCUCUCUCUUGCCUGCACAUUUCUUUCUUUCCCUUCCUUAUUUGCCAGCCCUCCUCCUCCUUACCCUGCUGGAUGCCUGCUGCUGCUACAAGUAGACGUACAUAUUUGAUUGAUGUAUUGUUCUAGCUUAAUCGAUGAUGGGAAACUACUGCAGAAAAUCUGCCAAGUGCGCUCAUGCUUCUUCCAUCAACUUCUCUGGAAGUACAAAGUCUAAUGGCAAGCAACAGAUGGAUAGUACCUCUUGCUCGCAGCAGUCAACGUCUGGGAAUUUGAAUAAAGCUUUAGUAGCAUCCAAAGCUGAUAUAUCUGUCCCUACCAACCUCAAGUCCUUCAGUUUCAGUGAUCUCAAAAAUGCUACUAGGAACUUCCGCCCAGAGAGUCUGCUCGGAGAGGGAGGGUUUGGGUGGGUAUAUAAAGGAUGGAUUGAUGCAAACACAUUAGCUCCCACUAAACCUGGAACUGGGUUAGUGGUGGCCAUCAAGAGGCUCAAGCGAGAAAGCUUUCAAGGCCACAAGGAAUGGCUGGCGGAAGUGAACUAUCUUGGUCAGCUUCGCCAUGAAAAUCUUGUGAAACUCAUAGGGUAUUGCUCAGAAUCUGACAACAGACUUCUGGUUUAUGAGUUCAUGCCAAGGGGAAGUUUGGAGAAUCAUUUGUUUAGAAAAGGUGUUCAACCUAUCACUUGGGCUGUUCGGAUGAAUAUUGCAAUUGAUGUUGCACGGGGGUUAUCUUUCUUACAUAGUUUAGAUGCUAAUGUCAUCUACCGUGACUUGAAAGCUUCCAACGUUCUACUUGAUUCGGAUUUCAGUGCUCGGCUAUCAGAUUUUGGGUUAGCAAGAGAUGGUCCUACUGGAGAUAAUACUCAUGUUUCAACCAGAGUGGUCGGAACUCGAGGCUACGCUGCACCAGAAUAUGUUGCUACAGGUCACUUGUCGCCAAAGAGUGAUGUGUAUAGCUUUGGGGUUGUUUUGUUAGAGCUACUAUCAGGGAGACGAGCCAUGGACGAUGAGAGAGCUGGGAGUGUCGAGGAAACAUUGGUGGAUUGGGCAAAGCCGUUCAUAAGUGAUAGUAGACGAGUUUCAAGAAUCAUGGACACAAGGUUGGGGGGUCAAUACUCGAAGAAAGCAGCCCAAGCUGCAGCUGAACUUGCCUUACAGUGCUUCCAUACAGACCCAAAAUAUAGGCCACUCAUGAUUGAUGUUCUAGCCACAAUGGAACGAAUCCACCCAAAGGACACGUUACGAACUCAACAACACAAGUUAGACGAUCAUGGGGUCAAGCACUUGAACCAUCCUCACACGUAACAAUUUCAAAUACAAAAUUGGAAUAAAUUUGUUUUCCUCAUACGUAGAAGGAACUUUCAUACUCCAUGUAUAGACAUAUAUAUAUGUAGCUACCACAAUUGUGCCUUCUAGGUUGAUUAGUCGUAAAAACAGACGAAGAGACGCUUUGUUUUAAUACUUGCUUCGAGAGAUAGUGAGAUUGUACAACGUAUCACAAGAAUUAAUAAUCUGUGUGUAUGUAAAGCUUCCAGUUUUCCUUCCCUCUUAAGGGAACCAAAAUUUUGUUUACAACAUGCAUAUGCUUGUUUUUCA